AGUGGGCGGGGUUUUGUGGGUGACGCGUUGGAGUGGUCGGUUUUGCGGGGUGUGGUCAAAUGACGGAGGUCAGGGAUAAGCUGUAAAGUCGGGUCUGUUGCUGAGGAAAUGGUAUUUGUACAAUAAGGAAAUAAACACAGGUAUUCAUGUUUCAAAUGUCUGAUCACGUUCACGAGGACUUCCUUGCUCCCGAGGAGCCUUUUCCAAUGCUCUUGCAGCAGGGAAACCUCAGCGAAGACGGCACGCUGGAUGUUAGUGACUUCGGCUGUCGGCUGUCCUCUUGUCAUCGGACAGACCCUCUGCACCGCUUCCACAGCAACAGAUGGAACCUGACGUCCUGCGGCACCAGCGUGGCGAGUUCAGAGUGCAGCGAGGAACUCUUUUCUUCUGUGUCUGUCGGGGACCAAGACGACUGCUUCUCUCUCCUGGACGAUCAGGAGCUCACUUCUUUCGACUUCUUCCCAGAAGGCAGCGUGUGCAGCGACGUGUCGUCUUCCAUCAGCACGUACUGGGACUGGUCCGACAGCGAGUUCGAGUGGCAGUUGCCAGGAAGUGAUUUCGCCAGCGGUAGCGAUGUACUUUCUGACAUCAUACCCAGUAUACCGAGCUCACCUUGCCUCGUUUCAAAACGAAGGACCAAACCUCAUAGGAAUCUGGAUGAAUUGCCCUGGAGUGCCAUGACCAACGAUGAACAGGUGGAGUAUAUCGAGUACCUGAGCCGGAAAGUGAGCACGGAAAUGGGGCUGCGGGAGCAGCUCGACAUAAUUAAAAUAAUCGACCCGAGCGCUCAGAUAUCUCCAACCGACAGCGAGUUCAUCAUUGAGCUGAACUGCCUGACGGACGAUAAACUAAAACAGGUAAGGAACUACAUCAAAGAUCAUAGUCCACGGCAGAGACCGGCAGGACUGCGAGACAGCUGGAAGAGGAGCGUUCCCAGCAGCGCCAGUGCUGUAAGCGUGCAGAGUAGCAGCAACGUCAGCAUGGUCAGCAGCACCAGCAGCAGCGCCGGAUCCAUAAGUUCCAAUUCGUCCACGAGCAUCAGCUGUGCUCACAGCGACGGCAACCUGGCCGCUGUGGCCGAGCGCAUCCGAGAUUCCAAGAAGCGCUCUAAGCAGAGAAAACUCCAGCAGAAGGCUCUGCGUAAAAGACAUCUGAAAGAACAGAGACAGGCUCGCAAGGAAAGACUGAGCGGUCUGUUCCUUAACGAAGAGAUCCUGUCGCUCAAAGUCACCGAAGAGGACGACCACGGUGACGACGUAGACAUCUUAAUGUGACGAGAGCAAAUUAUUCCGUGCGACUUCGACUAAUUCUCGUCAUCCGUACCGUCACCUUUCCGUCUGUCGCUCUUAGUACGUGAAACCUCUUCGAAGUCAAACGAGUAACAAAGGAAAAACAAAAAACUGAUAAAUAAAGAAAUCACUAAUAAAUAACGAGAAGACGUCGAGUCGUACGGCGGUCAACCCGCCAUAGUGGUUUAUUUAACGUUAAUGUAGUUCACGGCUACUCGCGUAACUAGAGCAAAAGUUUAUUCACCGAAUUUCUCCUACAAUGUUUGGAUCUAGAAGCGUCCGUGUCCGGUGUCUUUCGUUCUUAGCGUUUCAAAGUGUUGGACAUGUUCGGGAGGUAAAGCGCACUGAACACGAGGAAGCAAAAUAUCUAUCGGUCAGUCAUUGUGGAUCGAAAAUUUUGUGAUUUUUUUUUUUUUCCAAUGUUUUUCUUUGUUGUAUGUAUUUUUGUGUCGAAACAAAACCAACCGCUUUGCAGAUAGCGUAAUCCUCGUAGUAUGCACUUCUAAAUCGAGACUCGAGUUUAACCUGUUGGUUAGACCGAAUCAGCGGCCCCUUCAGGAUUUUGCAGACUUUUGGAAACUCCGUAAUUUGCCCAGGAGCUUGAAAUUUUUCAACAUCACCGCAGAUUUUGGGCCAAGACGUCACGUGACAUCGCCACAACGUGCAUUCCGCCGAAGCGCCGUUUCGAACGUGAGUACGGCUAAAAGGUCUCGUUUACCAACAGGCAAUUUGGCGCGAUUGCGAUUUCGCCAAUUCAAGCACAAAAAACUCGGCAAAUCUUUAAAAAAAAAAACAAAAAAAAACUCCGCAGCAAAAUCCGAACGUUUUUGGCUGCAACAAUCACAAAAAAAAAAAAACCUCUGCGAAAUCCUGAAGCAAGCUUUUGUGUCUUCAUUUCUUAAAGUAAAGGUUAGAAUCGGAGCAGUUUUGGUUUAAUGAGGAGAUAUCGUCUGACUAUACUUUCAGCAGCGGGUUAUUUAAGUUUCUUUAAGUGAAGCCCAGUAAUAAGUUUCACACAUUUUAUUUGAGGAAGAUUUUAUGUGUGUGAGAAACUCUUUAGGUUCCUAUGAUCCAUUUAACGAAUCGUUCUGUUCAGUAAAGUACGCAUGUUGCAAUUUC